AUGCUCAAGUACUUCCGGUUUGUCAUCCUACUGCUGGUGAUGAUCAUGCUCAAUCGACACGUCACGUGCAACCGUUCCGCCGAGCCUGUGGCGCAGGGGCAAAGCAUGGAGUACAACGAUGUCAGCACAAACUGGCUUGACGAGAAGGAUCGGAUCUACCGGACAAUCCUACCGUGUCCCGCAGAAGAUUAUCGGUACGUUUUGCUACCGUUACAAGGCGUGGACACAUUCGCUAGUGUGUACCUUGGUGAUAGACUCGUCGGCAGUACCAAGAACAUGUUCGUCCGGUACCGGUACAACGUGAAGAAACUAUGUGACGAAAAAACGAAGGAAUUACGGAUUCAGUUUCGGUCGACGGUAGUUGAAGCGCGUGAACCUGCCAAGCGUCAUGCAAUGCCGAUACUACCGACCUGUCCACCGAGCAUGUACUUUGGCCACCCCAGUUACACUUGUGAUUGCGGUCCUGCGACACCAUCGAUGGGUAUUAGGAAGCCCGUCCGGUUGGAAUACUACAACUCGGCACUGAUCCGCGACUUAACGGUGAACAUCUGCGAACAUCAUAAAAAAUGGACGGUGGAAGUAGGUGUACACAUCGAGACGGGACUUUUCAGCAAACAUCUCAACGGUCUGCUAAGGUUCAAGAUCAUUGGUGUACCGUUGGUAAAUAAAAGUGAAGAAACGUUAGAGGUUAAAGAGCAAACCGACGCAAAUGGAGAGUUGCUGGUGUUGCAUCAGUUAACCGUGCGCCAGGAUUCGGUGGAACGUUGGUGGCCGAACGGGUUCGGCAAACAGAUGCUGUACAACCUGUACGUGCGCUGGGAGGGCACAGAGAUCUCGGAAAAGUUGAUCCGUAUCGGGUUCCGGACGGUGGAACUAGUGCAGGAUAAAAAAUCCGAUGGAUUGCUGUCCCACUUCAAGGUUAACAAUGUGGCGAUCUUUGCCAAGGGUUCGAACUGGAUUCCGAAGCGUUCGUACGACGCCAACUAUGUGAAGUUCCUGAUGUAUGCCGCUCGGGACGCACACAUGAAUAUGCUGCGCGUAUGGAGUGGUGAGCUGUACGAGAGUGACCACUUCUACCAGAUGGCGGACGAACUUGGCAUACUCAUCUGGCACGAUCUCAUGUUCGCCUGCUCGAUGUACCAGACCGAUGCCGACUUUCUGCGCACGGUUAAGGACGAGGUGCGGCAGAACGUGCGCCGCGUCCAGCACCAUCCGAGUGUUGCCGUGUGGGCAACAAACAGCAAGAACGAGGUCGCGCUGCGUCAAGACUGGUACAAAACGAAAACCAACUACACCGCCUACUUACACCAGUACGACGAGCUGUACAAGCAUACGGUUUUGCCAACGUUAAAGCAGAACGAUCCAUGGCGCACGGUGCUUCAUUUUUCGUUUUUCAACGGUAAACAGUCGAUGAAGGAGCCGUACAACGCCAAAAACCCACAGGACCCACUAUAUGGCGAUGCACAUUACUACAACUACUUCCUGGAUGGCUGGAAUGCGACACAAUUUCGGAACGGACGGUUCGUAUCGGAAUACAGCUUUCAAUCGUUUUCUGCCUUCACCAGCUGGCCGGAGGCGCGUAGUUACGACCAUGAAGAGCUGUCACAGCUGAUCAACCAUGGCCAGUACAGCCCGAACGGUAACCUGCCAAUUACGCCCACUGUAGAGUAUCUGAUCUAUCUCAGCCAGCUUUCCCAGGCGAUGAUCGUGAAGAAUGAAACGGAGGUGUACCGGCUCGAGCACGGUACGAUGGGUGCGCUCCACUGGCAGCUGAACGACGUCAGGAUUGCUCCGUCUUGGUCGUCGAUCGAGUACGGAGGCACGUUUAAGCUGCUACACGUUUGGCUUCGGGACAUCUACGCACCAGAGCAUCUGAUCGCGUUCGUGAACGAGCAUCGCAUGCUGGAGGUGGUCGCCGUCCGGGAUACACUGGCGCCCGCCCACGAACUGUGGGAUGUGGAGAUGCGCAUCCAUCGGUACGGCAGCUUCCGGCCAGUCGAUCGCUAUUUCGAGACCGUCCGAGUGGCAGCAAACUCAGUCGCGCUCGUUACCCGGUGGGACGUAUACCGCCAUCUGUAUAAACGCGGUCUACGUCCCGCCGAUCAUCUCGUGCUGCUGUACGCGUACCGUAACGAAACGAGCCAGUCGGGUCACCGGCAGCAGGUGGUAUCGAAACGGAUCGCAGAAAACUUUGUCCUGCUCGGCAAGCUGAAGAACAUUCGUAAGGAUCAGCGGGUACGACCGACGAUCGCGGUGACGGUCGUUUCGUCAGUGUGCAACGAAGGAAACGAUCGGACUAGCGUUAGUCUGGAGGUGUCGGUUAGUGUACCGGCACUGUUCGUCUACCUGCAUCUAACGCCGGAACACAGGACUCUCAAGCAGUGUCAAUUUUCGCACAACGGUUUCCUACAGUUUCAACCAAUACGUACGGUGCAGUUGACGUGUGUCGAUCCGGGCUGUCGCAAUAAGAUCCAGUCACGGGACAUAGCAGUCCGAACGGUUAAUGAACUGUUGGUGCGCUGA